UGCACAGCUGAUAAUGGGUUCGGCCUGACUUGCAAGACGGUCUAUGUAGGGCAGAUAGGUUAGUUGUUUAAUAAUGUUACGUUUUUGCUUGUCACGACCUUUAAUACACAGCGUUUUUUGGACAGUUCUAAUUCAACGUUUGGUAAACGCUUGUUUUAAUAAUAUUCAUAUCUUAAACGUGAUGCACUCUCAAAAUAAAUAACAAAAGGAAGAUGAAACUGCAAACAUUUCGGAAAUGUUAUUCGCAUGAUCACAAUAGAUGUUUUGUUUCUUUUUUGGAGGAUUAGUAUUGUGGGGUCAAAUUCGCUUUAAUCAUGUUCUGCUAAAACAUCCUAACAGAGGUAAUUUUGGGGGGGAAGUGUGCACGGUGAACAGUUUUACUUAUCAUACUAUUUCUCUAUACUUUAAGGUAUUCCAGAGGCCGCCUUAAUAAAGGAUUUACCUGUUGAGACAAAAAAUGUGAAAGUGAAUCUACAGUGGGAGGAGUCACAGAAUAGUGGUGCGCCCAUCACAAAGUACACUGUGUACCAAAGAAUUGUAAAUGAUGGGAACACGUCGCACGAAUGGGCUAAAGUACAGGAUAUAACUAGUGUCUCAGUUCGUGAAGUUGCUGUCGAUUUAAAGAUGGGUCGAGAUUAUGAAUUUGUGGUCACUGCCUCAAACAAAUGUGGUGAAAGUAAAAAACAAGAGGAAAAGAUGAAGAGAAUCUCAGUAUUGGGAGGUACUACAAAUCGUAAUUAAAUUUGCAUUCAUUCGUCUUUUUAAGAAGAAAGCUUUGAUUAGAUUUUGUUGGGCUUAUUCCCUAACUAUUGUCAACAAUUCAGCUUUUGAUUUUAGUUUUGGCAUUACUUCCAUUGGAACAAUUGCAAUUGAAUUUGAUUAAUUUGAUUUAAUUUUAAAAUCCAUUUUCACUGUAUACAUUCUGUGAAAACACAGUACAAAGAGAUCAGCAGGAAAGCUGGGAAAUAACUUGCGUGGCAGGCGUUUGAAAGGGAAGGGAAAGGGAAUCCUAGGCGCGAGAGAAACGCAAAGGGCGCGGGAGGAGGGAGGGAAAGAAACGCCUUCCAGCAGACCAUUAUAUUUCUCUUUUUUUUUUUUAACAUCAACCGGGCAAGUGUUAAAAUACUGAUUGGUCAGUCUUCAAAACAUGUCAAUCACAGCCUUAAUACCUUAAUCCGAUUGGUUGAAAUCAACAUCACGCUACUGAGUAACUUAAUCGAUCUUUCAGUAAUCAUAUAAAAAUAUGUUGUUAAUGAAGGCAUCAAUUUCAGCUUGAAAGGAGAAUAGAAGAAGACGGUUAAAAGAACCCUAUGAAGAAAAAGACCCGUCAGCUAGAUGAGGUUUACUGACUGGUUUUGAGAAGUGUCAUCUCUCAACUAAACGGCUUGUUUUGCUCACUAGAAGAAAGAAAGGAAAUAUCCUGCUGCCUGUGGCUUGUUAUCUGCUGUUUGACCUCAAACGCCUACUACGCAGCCGGGUUACGCUUUAUCAACGACCAGAUUGUUGACGAUGAUUUUUGGUUUGAAGACUUCUUCUUGCUGGUUAUAGACGUUAUAAAGCCGCCAGGAACUUACUUUGAUAACUGAUUGUAGCCUUCUUGUAGAUAUUCAAAGUUCAGCUCUUCUUUCCUCCGGCUACUAGCGUUCUUUUGUAUGCUCUGUUGGAUCCAAUUCGAGAGCUAGAAAAGCUAGUUAAUUUUUCACAGACAAACAUAAAACAUUGCAUGCAAGUUGCGAAGUCCAGCGCGUUUCCUUCAGAAAACGACGUAACAGAUUUAUACUGGAUUUUAUAUAACAAGCCAUGCGUCGUUCCAACUUUCUUCUUUCAACGGACGACCGCAUUUGAACUUUUUUUUUAAAUAUUAUAGUACGUACCUUCACUUCAUAUUUCUUGUUUUGGGGAGAAAAAAGCUAAAAAUAAGUGCAUCGCGACCAUUUGACAGCUAGUAAUUCACAGUUGCGCUAUUUUUACAUUCAUAAAUAGUAGGCGGGAUAGCGAAACAACGGUUUCCUGGCAGGCGUUUCCUUUCCUCCCUCCUGGCGCGCCCCGGGCCUCGCCUUUCUCUCGCGCCUAGAACUCCCUUCGCUUUCAAACGCCUGCCACGCAGGCUUGCUGGAAAAGGACUGGUAGGCUAGUCCACGGAAUUUAAGAAUAGAUUUCAAUGUAUGAAAGGAAAGAAAAAGAAGUUGUCGGAAGAAGUAACGUAUUUAAACUGUUAAUUAUAACUUUUAAAAAAGAAAUCAUACCAAUGGUGCUUUGCCCAAACAACAGCGAUCAGGUUCAAAGUCUCUAAUCUCAUUCUUGCAAUACUUUCUGCAACGAUUUCUGAAUGCACUUGUCAGGUUUUAGUAUUCACUCUCCAGCUUUUGGGAUAAGUUAUUCCAUAACUAUAAAUAAGGAAUUCUACUAAAAUAUUGUUACUUUUCUUAAGUAGUUUGGUAUGGUUAAGGCGAAACAUCGAAAUUUUCAUUAGACGAACCAACCUGGGCCGAUUAAUUUCAUGAAAAAGUUUGACGUCUGUCUCAGUUAAUUUCGUGCAAAUGAGUUUGGACCAAGCAAAUCGUUCUAUCCGUCCGUUUCAGGUGAUGAUGUCUGAUUGUUAGUUCAUCGUCUGACCCAACAGACUAACCUAAGUUAACAAAUUUAGGUUGACCCAAAUUGCGAUUCGGUUCGUCUCAUGUAAAGUUCGGCGUGUGGCUUUGGCCUAUUAGUUUGUAAAACGAUAGAGAAAUUUAAAAUCACGUUUAUGACAAACAGAAAACGUCAAACAUCAAUUUAUAACACGUGAUCUUCAUUUAUUGAUUUUAUUUAUUUGUAGUUUAAUCUUUAUUACAUUAACCCGAACACAAAUGUCAACCUGAAUCUGCCGUUUGCGUUUUGCCUUGAGUGCGAUUCUAAAUAUAAUAAUACAGAGUUUCCCUAGGGAUUAAAAUAAUUCCUUUGACAUUAGGCCAUAAUGAUUCUUUUAUAGCUGAUAGAGUAACGGUGGAAUUGAAGAAGAUGAAAUUGUUUUUUCAAGUACGUAUUUGUUUAUUUCAAUUAGUAUUUAUAAAUUCAACGCGCAGCUUUCCUUCCUUUCUACGCAGAUGUUCCUGAUGCUGUCAAAGUAACUGAUGGAAUAAUUCUAAAAUGGAAAGAACCAGAUAACAAUGGGGCGGUAAUAAUAGAGUACUCCGUCUACCAAAGGUUUGCCAAUGAUGAUGAGUGGAAGAAAAUUGCAACCAUAAUUGAUGUGUAUAACCGAUCUUAUGCGGUUGAGAUCGAGAAGGGGAAGGAAUAUGAAUUUGUAGUAACCGCGACCAACAAGUAUGGAGAGAGUUCAAUGGAACAGGACAUCAAGCGGAUUAAAGUGUUAGAUGGUAGGUGUAUAAAUAAUUUAGCAAGUUUUCUCUGACAAGCACAACGAAUACUGAACGUUGUCCUCGGUUGCACCAAGUUUCACCGUUAUUGAAACGACAGACGUCGAACUCAACAAGCUUGUUCGUUAAGCCAUUAUUUUUGUGUUUUCUUUACCAAGAAAGUAUAUCGAAUGGUCUUACUAGGCGAAGUUUGUGCUGUUUUCUUUAGUUCAACAAAGAACUGUAGCGUAUGAUAAAUUACAGUAGCAAGAGAAACCUUUCGUAUUUAGCGUAAACUUCUAUUGUUUUUUUUUUUUUUUUUUGCGUUUUCAGGUUCGACAAAACCGCCCAAAAAUCAAGCAGGUAAGCCAUGUUAAUAUUCAGAAUUCAAUAGCAAUCAUCGAUGACAAACAUUUUCUAAUAAUAAAUUACCAUUCAGCGCAAGCAAUCAAUUUCACAAAAUCAUGCUCUGCAGUCGUUUCAACUUUAAAUUAAAAUGCAGUUUUGUCUCUUUCUUAAACUCAUGUUUUACAUUCUCAAAAGUUCCAGGGUCUGAGAGUAAUAAAACGGGAGUCCUUCACGGUGCCUACAUCAGUGUAAUUCUGCUAUUGUCGAUCUUACUCUUUAUUCUCAUUGUUGUACUUUGGAAAAUGCGCGUUCGUUCAGGUAAGAAUUUGUAG